AUGACAAAAAUUGGCAGUCUUCAUUUGAGUGUAAAUAAAACAGUCCUGCGAUAUAUUGCUUUAGUAUUUGUUGUAGCCCUUCUACUAAAUAAGAUCAUACCAUUGGAUUCUGUGAUUAAUGGUGAAUUCAAGAAUCGUAUACGUCGUCACAUGCGGUUGAGAGAUUUACGUCAUGAUACUACUCUGACGGGGCCCAUCAUUUCCAAAUUGGAGUUUGAUGUCGACCCUGCCAAUCCUUUCAGCGCAGUCAGGUUAAUAAUUUUUGUGGUACUAUGUUUCAUCUUUGUUCUGCCGUUUUGCCUUGAUUAG